UCAACUGUCAAAAUUUGCAAUAGUGAUGGGUAAGUGGCCUUAAAUCGAAUUGGUUUUCCCAUCACUCCUCUAUUACAACUGAAUCGUUUUUCCCAACUCUGCUAUUUCCUUUGUUGCUGUACCGUGAUCGAAUGACAGUGCGACGUUUCUUAACAUCGUGUUUCGUGGUGUCACCAUUAUUGGUGGAUUGCAUUGGUUUUUGCUUGUCGUUAGCCGUGUUGCAGUGUCCCGAUAAUGGCCCCUUAGGAAGAAUAAAGUGCCCCCAUCCAAAAACGACGUCCGUAUUUAUUGUUAGCCCGUUCCGGAAGUAUUCUACACAUCGUAUUGUACACAGCCGACCGGAAUAAUCGCAGGUGGUGAAAAUUGCCGACAGAGCUACUGCCUACUGCCUACUAUGGCCACGGUCGUUCAGAAGAACGGCCUGAAGACGCUUUCGAACGGCAACGGCUUGGUGCACCAACACCAUUCUGUCCCAGCUAUCAACGGGUACCAACCGCAAGAGGCAGAAAAGGUGCCGCUAUGCGGGGGCCUGUUACCGAACCCUGUGUCCGCAGAGUGCGACGACCAACGAGAACAGUGCCAAGAGACGAUCGUCGAGGAACCGGAGAUUGACAUAGUGAUAAACAAUGUGGUGUGCAGUUUCAGUGUUAGAUGUCAUUUGAACUUGAGAGAAAUCGCCCUGUCCGGGGCGAACGUGGAGUAUCACAAGGAGAAUGGCAUGGUGACGAUGAAGCUUCGUCGGCCGUACACGACGGCGUCGAUAUGGUCCAGCGGUAAAAUCACCUGCACCGGCGCCACCAGCGAAGACGCUGCGAAACAGGCGGCGCGGAGGUUCGCUCGGUGCCUGCAGAAGCUCGGUUUCAACGUGCGGUUCAACAAUUACAGGGUCGUCAACGUGCUGGGGACCUGCUCGAUGCCGUUUUCCAUCAGGAUCAGCUCGUUUUCGGAGAGGCAUCGCGAAGCCGACUAUGAACCGGAAUUGCACCCUGGUGUCACGUACAAACUGAAAACUCCAAAGGCCACUUUGAAGAUAUUCUCAACGGGCAGUGUGACUGUUACAGCUCCAAGUGUAGCAGACGUACAAGCCGCCAUCGAACACAUCUUCCCUCUGGUGUACGAGUUCCGUAAAGAACGUACCAAAGAAGAACGUGAGGCGCUGGCGAAAAAGCGCGCCAGGCAUGACGUUCCCAUACCUUACGAAUUAGGCGCGGCAGAGGACGAAGACGAGGAUGAAGGGGCGGCAACGGCGUUGGCGCGAGGCGGCGUCGUCGCGACGUCGUCAUUGGCCGUCGGCGACGACGAAGAAGCGGAAAUGGAGGAUGCGUGGGGGUGAGACCGCUCCGAUUGGUUGGAGCCAACGGCAGUGGGCGGGGCCGCGGACGAUGAUAGACGGCCGAAGUAUUCUAGAUGUUGAUCGUGUCUGUCUGUCCGUCUUUCAGUGUGUAUACGUGGGCGGAGAGGGGCUGAGUGGGCGUAGACGGAAGCGGAAAUAGUGUUUUAGGAUGCUUGCGUUCAAGUUACGUCCAGUUUUUUCAGCCAUUUGCCAAUAAAACGGCUAUGUUUCUACCAGUGGCGUUCGUACGGGAUGCAAACUGAGAAUUUUUCAAAAAAAUAUGGUACACCAUCGCUUUUUUUAAAAAAAAAAAAUUGUUUCUUUUUUCCGUCCGAAGCACAGUUUUCGCGUAAAAUCGAUGAAAACCAUUUUCACGCAUUUGUGAUAUAACGAAAUUAUUUUGACCUAGUAGUAAACGUAAACUGCACCGCGAACUAAAAUAUUUUUUUCUUUUUUCAUCAUAGUUACCGUUACAAUUGUCAGGUCAUGGCGCCACUUUUUGGAUCGCGUAGUGGCUGUUAAAUCACUGUUUGUCAUUAUUUUCCAAGCGCUUUCCACCAAGAAAGUUUAAGAAAAAUAUGAAAGUCUAAUGGUGCCAAGUCAGGGCUGUAUGACGAAACUUGCGUUCAUGCCGCAACGUGAGGCCGAGCGUUGUCGUGCUAGAGAGAAUGUCCUUACUUUAAAAAUGCCCUCGUGAUAAAGUUGAGAGUCUGAAAAAUCGCCAUCGUUAUGAAAAAUGUAAGUAGAGGUGCUUUAACAGCCGGAGUGCCCCACGAUGCCCCUCUAUCUCCGCCCAAAGAUACUGUUACAUAGCUAUUGUUAUUUUAUUUAAGUAGGUGCCGAGCCUACUAAUUUUUUUUUUGCGUGAAUUUGCGUUUCUUCUGAAGACUGUUACUGAUUUAAUUCUGUACGAUAUCAUGUACCUCCUCAUUUGAAACACUUUUUAUCCGAUAGUUUGUGUUUACGGUGACGUCUCAACCAAAUAGACCAGGCAAGAUAUUCAUGUCUCGCGAUUCGUUUAUAGUCCAACCAGUCUUCGCAUCUGAUAGGAAAAAUAUUCCGAUUCGUUUUUUUUUUACAUUUUAUAGCCCUGCAAAAUUCAAAUACUCUAAUAUUGUUGUAUUAAGUCCAGUGAAGCGGAAUCUGAAUUUGUGACAAAAAAAUGUGCGCCACUGACUUUUGUGCAAUUUUUAUUUUGUUCUAUUCUUCAACUUUUUUGUCUCUUGAAUUUUUUUCGUUUCUUGCUUAGUUUUCGAGAGAAAAAAAGCCUUAAUUGCAUAUCCCUGAAAUGGAGAAGUUUCUUUUGGAAAUUAUUUUUUUAUAAUUUUGCGAGGCCCAAAUUUGCAAUACAAAUUUUCAAAAAAAAAAAUUGAAUGUAUUUUAAAAAUUGGAGUUUUUCUCCAGUCGGAAGUGAUUUUGGGUUUUUUAAAAGAUUCUUAAAAAGGUGCUUUAGAACUUUUCUGUAGAGUUGAUAGAGAUACAAUAUUUGAAACAGUUCAAAAUAUGUCAUUUUUGACCACGAAAAACACUUGAUAGUUAUAUUCUUUACAUAUCCAUUAACGAAAUCCCAAAUCAUUUAAGGGAGUGUUGUCCAUAUUUUUUUUAAUUAUCGUUCUUCAGUUUGGCAACAUUAAAAUCUUUUUCAAAAAAAGCAUAUUUUGGAUCGCUUAUAUCUCGAAAACUAUCAACUUUAGAGAACUUUUCUAAAGUACAUUUUUUAUUCAGAAUGUACCAAAAAACGUAGAAACAAACAAUUAAAAAAAUAUUUUAGGAAUUUGUUUAAAAUAAUUGUUUAAAAAAAAUUUGUCGCAAAUUUGAGCCUAAAAACGUGCAAAUUUGUUAAAAGAGGUCCUUUUUUAAUGGUAUGCAAAAAAAUAAAGCCAAUAUUUUUCCCAUCGGAUGCGAAGGUACUACCCUGUUUAUAAAUUACCCUUUUUGGGGAAAAAAUACUAUGUAUUUGAACUAUUCUUACAAACAUAAUAAGUGAUGCGAAAAUGUUUCCUGGUCUAUUCGUGCAAGGUGUCACUUUUUUUGUACGUGAAUAUUUUGUGAAAUUCUCACCGAAAUCCGUUCCCGAUUUUGAUUUUACACAUCAUCGCGCUACUUUUAUACUUUUCUACUCCGCAUUUUAGUUUUACAAUGAGAGAAUUUCACAGGAUAACGGAAACAGCAAAGUGUAAUAUUACAUUUAGUGAACGUGAAUGAAUCUUCGACACAGAGACUGUUUUACACCAUGUACAUAGUUUUAGAAGCUUCCAUGAUGCUAUGCGAAAGGUGGAAAAUUUGCUUACGAUUUUUUCUUCGCUGGUUGCAAAUGCGCAACUGUAGCCAGGCCAAAUUGUAUACAGGGUGGAUUUUGAACGUUUUAAAAUAUCGACCAUCGUUUUAAAUCGAGGGAGAUUUACGUAAUCAAAAACUCGUCGAUUUUGACCUAAGAGGACAAGGUUAAACAUCCAGCUGAUCUAAAAAUAGUCGUAUUAUUUUCGAGUUCGCCAAGUAUCUAAAUUUGAGCUAAAACCUUGUUUUACAAGACCCCGAAGAGUAUUUUAAGAUUAGUUUAUUUUAAAGAGAUUUUUUUUGCUUGUUUGUUAGGACAAGACUGGCGAACUUUGGAUUUUUCAUGUUUAGGUGUAUUGGCGACAGUGUAAAAUUUCUAUACGCGUGCGGCCGUCGAUCCAGCAGUUAGGCUCCUGUUUUUUACAGGCCCCACGAUUUUUUUACGGAUAAAAAUGUCGUCGAAAAGAAUUUUUAUUUACAGUCUAUGCAGGGCGAAUUUUCUUUUCAGCAACAAUGACCUUCGUAAUAACAAAGUUAUUUUGCGGUAAAACAGCACCAAAAACGUAGUCGCCACUCAAAAAUUUUGAAAAAGAAAUCGUUUCUACGCCACUGAUAUAAUAAACAAAAAAAACAUGGAUUUUUCGUAUUGCUGAAGUCUGACUGUGCGCUUAGAUAUUUUAUUUAUUGCCACCUCACCCAAACAGGCUGAGAGUCAAAGGUUACAGGAUUUUUUAAAUCUCUUAUGGUACGAAAAUAUACUGCCUUGUGGUAUAAAUAAAAUAUAGAUAAAAUAUGGGAUGAUAUUAAAAGAGUCAUGUCGCGUUUAAGCUUUGUAUAUACACAUUUUCGCUAUUAGUUGCUUCUGUAAAAAGGCAUGAAAAAAUUAAACUGCCACUUUUAGUAAUGAUAUUGAAAUUACGUAGGUAAAUAGGGUAAGAAAAUGACUGAAAACUAAAGAAAUGUAUAAAUAUUAUUAGGUGCUUGAAGAAGGGAAUGUUGCUUUUUCAAAAAUGAUUGUCCGGGAAGUAUAUUCGCAUCUGGUGGAAAAAAAUACGAUCACUUCAACGUUAAAAUUUGCGUCAAAAAUGUUUGUCCGAAGAUUGAUCCAGAAAUGUUUUGACAAAUUUAGGUUAUCGUUGGAAAGAUGAAACUUUGCUCCGUCGUCAACCAAUUGAAGCAGCGUUUUUCAA